AUGGUUCGCAACCUAAAAUUUGCCGUCCCGGCCCAGACUGCCGAGCAGACAGAUGACUAUAUGAUAAAAUGGGUUGAGAGCCUCCUGAAGCGGGCCUACGGCACUGCCGUCCGCCGUAAGCGUGCUUGGGUCUUGGUAAACCCUCAUGCUGGACCAGGGGGGGCCGACAAGAUCUGGGACAAGGAGGUCAAGCCUAUCUUUGAGGCGGCGCGUAUACCCAUGACGAUCGUUCGGACAACAUAUUCAGGCGAGGCAGUGGAUCUGGCCCAAGUACUGGACAUCGACAAUUAUGACAUUGCGAUCCCGUGCUCCGGUGAUGGGCUACCUCACGAGGUGUUCAACGGCCUGGCAAAACGGCCAGACGCCCGCCGGGCUUUGUCCAAGAUUGCCGUGUGCCACAUCCCCUGCGGUUCUGGAAAUGCAAUGAGCUGCAACCUCUACGGCACUCACCGGCCGACCCUGGCGGCGCUGGCCAUCAUCAAGGGGAUCCCCACCCCUUUGGACCUGGUCAGCAUCACACAGGGCGAAGAGCGGUUUGUCAGUUUCCUCAGCCAGGCCCUGGGCGUGAUUGCCGACUUGGACCUGGGAACCGAGCAUUUGCGCUGGAUGGGAGCCGCCCGCUUCACCGUUGGCUUCCUCAUGCUGGUUCUGCAGAAGAAGACAUACCCCUGCGAUAUUGCCGUCAAGGUUGAAAUCGAACACAAGGAAAGCGUGAAACGGCAUUACCGGGAGCGCGUCAUGCUGGGAAGCACCGACGUCGAAGCGAGCAACGGCAGCGGACAAUCCAGAGCCUGCGAUGGAACAGAUGCCGAUGGGUGCCCCACGACAUCAUCAUCCCCAUCCCUGAGUGCGGCAGUAGACGACGGUGGCCCGGGCCUCCCACCACUCAAGUAUGGCACCGUCAUGGACAAGCUCCCUGAGGGAUGGGAGCUGGUGCCUUAUGAAAAACUUGGUAGCUUCUACUGCGGAAACAUGGCCUACAUGGCGCCCGAUGCCAACUUUUUCUCGGCUGCCCUUGCAAAUGAUGGACUCAUGGAUCUCAUCAUCACCCAGGGCGAUGUCAGCCCACUCAAGUCUGUGGGCCUCCAGAUGGCGGUCGAUACAGGCGAGUUCUUCGAUAGUCCGUUGGUCACCUACCGCAAGAUUUCGGCAUACCGUCUCAUACCACGCAAUGCAGGAAAGGGCGGCUACCUAAGCAUUGAUGGUGAGGCGAGACCAUUUGAGCCGUUCCAGGCCGAGAUCCAUCAAGGCUUGGGCUUGACACUGUCCAAAAACGGCUGCUUCGAGGCACCCGGUCCCCUCAAUUGGGACAAAGUCUCAACAAGUGAAAGGCUACUGGCGUGA